GCCACAAUUGUCAACUUUUAGGCAAAACAAAUUUGUCGCUUCAUUUUUUGUGUGUUGUUUCCUCGAUUUUAUAUAAUUAAUAGGGACGUUCCUACUCCCCAUUUUUGCGUAAAGACAAUGAAAGCUCAUUGAACAUUUUCCAUCAUUUCUAGAAGCUCAAAGCCAGUGAAAGGUGUGCAGAGACUGAGACAAGUACUGGUGCAGAUUAUAAUUUUUCAAGAUGGCGCCACCGCCGGACGAAACCCGGUUUGGGUUUUUGCUGAACCCAAUCAAGGACCUGACCAAAAACUGGCAGGUUGACCUAAAUAAGUUUCUGGGCGAGUAUCUGGACGAACUGGCGAGCAUGCCCAUCACCUUCGACGGCGGCGAAACGGUGAUGAACUUUGCCGAGGCGGCCAUGCUGAUUCAGGGCUCGGCGUGCGUCUACAGCCGCAAGGUGGAGUUCCUCUGGAAGAUGGUGCUGCAGAUGGUCGACCUCCUGGCUAACAAAAAGGUGGCGGCGCAGCAGGGCAGUAAGGGCAAGAAGGGCGGUGACCCAAAUGAGACCAUUGGCUUCCUUCCCGUGGAUGACAUGCCAAUGUGCAAGAAGCAGAUGAAGGAAGAGUCGGAGGACAAGGUGUCGCUCAAGUUCCUGCCCGUGACGCCCGUCUGUCUGGUGGACAAGGACAAGACGAAGAAGGCAGUGCCGCUGUUCUCACUGGCCGGGGACCUGCUCGGAAAUAAGGACGACUACAGACUGAACAGCACCAUGUCGACGGCGACGGGUCUGCUCUGUACUGAGAUGGACGUCGAGUCACUGCUGAGACAUCACGUCAAGACGUCCUUCUCACCGACCAAAUCACCCGACGUGUCGGCAGCUCUGUCGACCACCGCUGCCGCCGCCGCGGACGACCCGGAUGACGCGUGCGAGCCGCCGCCGCCGCCGUCGCCGCCGCCGCCGGCCUCUCCGGAGCCGCCACCGCCGCCGUCACCGCCGCCAUCGCCGCCGCGCGCCUCACCAGAACGGAGGACCGGUCUGCGCCAGAGCGCGCGGCGGCGGCGGGAGGCGACGCCGUGCCUGGCGCCGGGCUCCGAGCCCGAGCAGCGCUGGAGGCCGGUCAACCCGUACGGCGAGACCGGCAGGAAGCGGCCGCCGAUCCGGCGCGGACGGAUCACCCUGCGGCCGCCCUGUCUGUGUCAGAAGGAGACCGUCUCCAAGCGGAAGCGGAAGCUGGCCGAGACGGCAGCGGCUGCGGCGGCGUCAGUGACGACGGCGUCUGCCGACUCAGUGUACGGCUCCGGCGAGAAGCCGCCGCCGCCGCCCGUGGUCGACUACCUGAAGACGGAGCUGCUGACCCAUUCUGGCCGGCUGACCCGUAGUCAACUGCGGCACGUCAUAUCCAAAAUGCCCGCCGAGGUGCUGGCGGAAAUGCAGAACAGGAAACAGGCGCUGGCUGACAUCAAACAGCAGAAACGCGAAGAGGACGAGCUGGCGGCGGCGGCGGAGGCGGCGGCCGCGGCCGAUGACGCCGCGUCAGACGGCGGCGCCGGUGACAUGGCCGACUUCCCGGACAUGCCGGACCCGGCGGACCACCCUGCCGACCUGCCGAGCGCGGCGGCGCCCCCCUCCGCGCCGCCCGACAGCUACGAGGAGCUGGUGCAGCGCCGAGUGGCCGAGUACCUCAGCGCGGCGCAGGAGUAUGUCCAGUCCACAGAGCUGUCGCGGCGCGUGGCCCGCUGGCAGGAGACGGUGCUGCCGCGGCUCGAGCGCGAGGAGAAGCGCAGUGAGUUCAAUAUCCACGACUACGGCUCGAGAAUUCUGGAGAGGUUUCCCGAGGGAUCGGCCAAGACGACCGUGGCGUUUGCCGAUAUUGUGAAGGGCGAGGAGGCGCCCGAGGUGGCUCGCUAUCUUCUGUCGUCACUGAUGCUGGCCAACACGUACAACGUGGAGAUAUUUGAGCCUGGCCCGCCGGACCAGGCCAUGGACACGAUGGAGCUGACGCUGCUCUCCAGAAAACGUCACCACGAGGCGCUGGACGGCUACAGCGCCCCCAGUCAGGGCUCGCCCAGGCGGAAGAGUCAGGAGUCGCGCAGCAGCAGCAGCAGCGGCAGCGGCGGCGGCGGCUCGUCGACGGCCGGGCGGACCCGCUCCACACCUCCCAGAAAGGCCUCGGCCGCCGCCGGGCGGAAGAAACGGCCGGCGGCCGCCGCCCGGCAGAGGUCCCGCCAGGACCUCUGAGCGGACCGGCGCCCGCCGGGGGGGGGGGGGAGGGGGGGGCACGGAGAGUGUGGUGUGGUGCUGUUGGCGCGGUUAUCAGAGAGGAGCUCAGUCUGCGUCGAUGUCUGGGCUCGAGUGGGGUUUUCUGGGGACGAAAAAUUGGCACUGCAGCGGCCGGACGUGACAUGUUAGGCUGGCUUAAGUUCCGGGUGUUCUAAAUCGAUUCGUCACAAUUUUGUGGUCGGGACCACUCUGAGUUGCGUUUUUAGAUAUGAGAUGGUGUGAACUGGCUUUAGAGGAUGAAGUUGCGAUAGAAUAUUAUGUAUUGAGGAAGCCAAGCAGGCUUGGUGCCUGAGCCCUAAGGUGGCACAUACAAUGAAUGCACUGAGGCAGAGUGCAUGAACUGGGAGGCUAGCUGAACCAUAGUGCGAGACUAUGUUCAUAUUUCACCGUGGCGGCUCCCUCCGUGGCCGGCUUUAGAGAAUCUUCAUCCGCUUUGUUAUCAUCAUGUAUAGUAAUAGUAACAGCGAGGGGUAGCGCCUUCGUUACCGCAUCUGGGUAGUUGUUUCUGCGCUACGUGCGAUACUGCGUACCUACAUCUGAGUCCACUGCCCGAGUACAAAGAUGAAGCAUUUGAGAGCGGCAUGCCUCGCUGGGAAUGUACAUAUUACAAUACAGAGAACCAUUUUCACAACAUA